CAAUAUUUAACAUAAAAAAGUAGAAUUAUUUUGAAAGAAAACCUUGCCACAAGCGAUAUCAAUUUCAAUAAAAUGUUCUCGUCCAUUUUUUGACAGUGGGGCCACAACCCACAAUGGCUGUUGGCGUCGCAACUUCACUCAGCUGUACGGAUUCUAGCACUGGCUCAAGCGAAGAUGCAUCUGAGCCUGGCUCACCUUAUAGUCCGCACUCGAAUUUAGGCGACGACCAACAGCAACACGUUCUGCCCACCCACAGCAGCAGCAACAGCAUCAGCCAUUGUAAUAAAAGCAAAAUGCCACCACAAACAAUACUCGCGCCCAACAGCAGCAGCAACAGCAACAGCAAUAACAACACCAGUACGAGCAGCACCAAUAGUAGCAACAGCGUUCCAGCACACAGCACAGCAGCCGGUGCAAGCACAACAAAUAGUAAUAGUAACAACAUAAGCAAUAAUAGUAAUAACAACAAUAAUGCGCUUACCACUGCCAAAUUAAAGUCACAAACGACACAGCCAAAAGUCUGCACCACAACCACGCCACGCAACACACUGCCUUCAUUGCAAUGGAAUCGUAGUGCGACUACAGCGCCCACAAUAGGUACUGCUGCCAGUGCGCAACUCAAGAAACGCAGUGCCAUAAACACAAGCAGUGACGGUGCAACCAAGAAGUCACGUUCGUCUGUUGCUCAAGUGCCCAGUGUACAUGACACAUCCGCCGUGGUGAGUAACAACGUAAGUGCAGCUGCCGCUUCAAAAAGACUGAAAGCAUCUGCUUUAGAAGAAUCGCAGACCAAGAUAACAGGCUACUUCAAAUCACAAAUGAAGGCCCAAAUACAUCAAAAUGGUAGCAUUAAGAAGCCAGAACCCUUAGCGCCCACAACAAGUACUCCUACGAACGCAUUAACUACAAGCACACUCACAAUGGCACCAGCCACAACAGCCUCACUGAAUAAAUACUUCAAUAUAUUGUCACAACUGAAGGAGAAUAGCAAAAACAGUGAACAAACUAAAACUAAUUCGCUACCCGCAACCACAACCACUACCGUUGCAGCAACGAGUAGUUCAAGCUUUGCAGCAACAACCGCACCUACUGCAAUUAUCACACCACCUACACUCACCCCCGCUAAUACGAUGCCAAUACCAGCACUAAAGAAAAUUGAGCGUAGCAAACCCACAAAAAUUGCACAGGUGGCACCAAAUCUGCGAAAAACGCCAAGCAAUAAUUACACUGCAUCCUCCACUGGCAAAUCACCGGCUAAGAAACACGUUGCCAUAGCGCCACGCACACCUGAAAUGAAGCAGCAACAGCAGCAGCAACAACUACAACAACAAACAAUUAGUGGCAAAGGUCAGGAGUGUGCGAAGCAAGUAGCGCCCACAACAGCUGCACAAGUGCAAACUGCAAAUCAACCCGCGGUGCUACUAACAGCCAUACGCCUCGCGGCACAGCAGCCUCAACAACCGCAACCACAAUUAAAACCUGUCACGUCGCAGAAACUAAACGCGCCUACCACAACAACAGCUACUGCUACGAACAACAGCCCGACGCUGUUCCAACUACCCGUACAGCUACCCAAUCUAGUCCAACUACCACAGCUCUUAGCUGCCAACGGGACAAACAUUAUGCAAUUAAACAAUGUAGCAGCAGCAGCCGCUGCAGCGAAGACUGCAGCAACAACUGCCGCCGCCACCUCGGCACAAGCUGCACAAGCCGCAGCUGCACAGUAUUUUCUCAACGGUACCGUCUUCAAACUACAACAGUUCACCACUGCCACCACAACCACAGCAACCUCAGCUGUUGCAGCCACCAGUGCAGCGACAAAUCCCUUUAAUCUACUAAGCGCCAGCGACCUGCAAGAGCUGCUACUCAAACAACAACAACAACAGCAAUUGCAGUUGCAACAACAACAACAGAAAGCGGCCGCUGCUGUGGCCACCAACAGCAACAAUUUUCAAGAGAUUUUCCAACAACAAAUUGCAGCAGCCAUUGCAGCAAAUCAACAACAACAACAGCAAUUUCAACAGCUGCAACGAUUGGGCGCUGCUGCUAAUAUACAACAGCAGCCAGUGUUUAUGGCUACACCAGCUGGUCUACUACUGAAUGCUGCUUCACUACCGGCUAUGUUGGCGCAAGCAGCAGCCGCACUCGCUGUCAACAAUAGCCAACAGCAACAGAAGUCCUUGACACUGCAACAGCCCCAACAACUACCUGCUCUGCAGCCUAUACAGCCAAAUCCAUUGCCCGCUUUGAGCUCAAUCUUUGCACCCAGCGGACAACAACAGCAACAGCCCCAAACGCAGCACGACGUCAACGAACUACAACAGCAAUUCCAACAUCAACAGCAACUGGCGCAACUAGCGCUCGCCCAACAGCAAUUCAUCACUGCCACACAGCCGCCGCCUCUGUCGGCGGUAACCAUUAGUAAUAGUAACAGCAACACUGCCAACAUCUCGAAUAUAAGCAACUGCGGCACUACUGUUUCGACAGCGGCGCCACAAAGCACACAGACUGCCACAGCUAAACUCGCCAUUGUCAAAGCAACGACCAACCAACAGUUUCCGGCUCUAAGCUCCCAGCCACCACCACUCGUUACGAUAUCAAAUGGCAAAGCACGUACACAUGCCACAACUCCAGGCAAUGCACAAAGCAAGCCUUCCGCGCUGGCGAAACCAUACCAAAAACGUGCGCCCAAAUUGACAGCACAGGCAAAGGCAAUCGCAACAGCCAACACAAACAAAACCAAAAUCACAGCCAACGGUAAAAUCAUUGCCACGCCCACAACUCCACCACCACUUGUGCCGGCUUCAUGUGGUGUGGUAGCCAACAAGGAAUUGGCUACCAUACGUGCAACUACCGUAACAAAACCAAAUAUUCCUAACGUGCUGCCCACACCGGCGCUUGUUAGCAUAGCGAGUCCAACUACGUCCAGUGUGAAACUAACGCAGAGCAUAGCACCAGCGACUAUUAUACCAGCAGCUAUAGUACCAGCGACUAUUGUACCAGCAAUCAAGCCCAUGCAGCUACCACAGUUAAGCGCUGCAAAAGCGAUUGCCGUUACCACUUCAGCACCAACGUCUACACAAACUGUAACUGCUGUACAAACUGCGACUGCGACCUCUGUGUCCAUGCCCGAUCCAUUUGAUAUGCUUAAGAACUCACUGAAUACGGGUAAUCUUCUGAACACUACGGUAUGUGCCAACUACUCUAACUCUAAUAGCUCUUCGACACUGUCUGCGGUAUUUAACUCCGUGACGUGUGACAAAAUCAAAGACGAGCCGCUUGAUGAAAUAACAACGUCAAUGACAGCAGUAACAACCCCACUAGAGGACAUUGUCAAAAAGGAGAACUUAACGAGUUUUAGUGGACAAAUUUUGCCAGCUGACAUAAAAGAGGAAUUCAUGGAGGAUAACACUAAAAUGUGUGCUAGUCAAAGCAGUAACAUGCAUCAUGAAUGCUCCUCGUCCUCUUUCAGUUCAAACUCAAAUUUUGUCUCUUCAGCCGCCGAUUUAUCGCUAGAAGCUUCCAUACCACCUCCGUCGUCUGCAUCAUCUUCCUGUUCUCCUACGCCAUCACCUGCGCCGUCACCUUUGGCCGCAGUAAACUCACCCCGCCAUUCGCCCACCUUGCAGCAAUCAUGUGCCGCCACCCUGAACGUUGUUGACACAAAUUCGAAUUCCUCAAAUUCACUCUCCAAUUCAACCUCAUGCUCGCAUGCCUCCAGUC